AUGCCAAGAGCCCCAAGAACUUACUCUAAGACUUACUCUACUCCAAAGAGACCUUACGAAUCUUCCCGUUUGGACGCCGAAUUGAAGUUGGCUGGUGAAUUCGGUCUAAAGAACAAGAGAGAGAUUUACAGAAUCUCCUUCCAAUUGUCUAAGAUCAGAAGAGCCGCCAGAGACUUGUUGACCAGAGACGAAAAGGACCCAAAGAGACUUUUCGAAGGUAAUGCCUUGAUCAGAAGAUUGGUGAGAAUCGGUGUUUUGUCCGAAGACAAGAAGAAGCUGGAUUACGUCUUGGCUUUGAAAGUCGAGGAUUUCUUGGAAAGAAGACUGCAAACCCAAGUCUACAAGCUGGGUUUGGCCAAGUCUGUCCACCACGCCAGAGUCUUGAUCUCUCAAAGACACAUCGCUGUUGGUAAGCAAAUCGUCAACAUCCCAUCUUUCAUGGUCAGAUUGGACUCUGAAAAGCACAUUGACUUCGCUGCUACUUCUCCAUUCGGUGGUGCCAGACCAGGUAGAGUUGCCAGAAAGAACGCUGGUAAGAUCUCUGGUGACGCUGAAGAAGCCGCUGAAGACGAAGAAUAA